CCCUCCCGGAGAGCCGCGCUGUGCUCGAGCACCGUUCGGUGCCGUGCCGUGGAAUGAGGGUGGGGACGCGGCUCCCGUUAGGAGCGGGAAUAGCGACGGGUACGGCUUUGUGUCAGCAGCGUUGCUGCGGGGGAUCCGCUGCGUCCCUGCGCAGCGCAGUCUGCAAAGAGAAGGCAUGUCGUGUGCUGGGAGCGCAAAAGGGCUCACCAGACGGGAGCCGGUGGCACUGCGUGCUUUUGGGACCUGAGCCUGGCAGGCACGGGGCGCUGCCGCCAUGCUGACACAGCAGCUCGGUUCCAGAUCCCACGUGCAGUCGGUUCGGGUUGGCCAGAGCCGCAGCAGUCUGGUCCAUGCCCCGAACGAGGAUGUGCUGCUGUGCUGGGUGUGUCUGAGGGAGCGGAAGGGGGAGGGCAUUGAUAACAGCGCCCGCACGCCCAAACGCUGUAAUUCCUGCGGUAUCCCGCACGGCUCUGCCUGGGCUGGGGUCACCUUGAACAUCAGCAGAGGCUGUUCCUUGGUCCCUGCGCGCAUCAUGCCGUGUGAUCUCCAUGGUCCGCUCUUCGCUGCCGGCCGAUUCAGUGUCUUUCCUGUGCUUUUUUUUAACCACUGGGUGAGGGCAGCGAUUUUAUUCAUUUCAGCCUGAUUCCCUUUAAUUUGCAGCCUUGCCAGAAAAUUCAGAGUCCGUAGACAAAAAUCUCAAGGAGAGGAAAAGAACAAACCCCUCUCGUAGCCUGGCAGUGUCUCUAUCACUGUAUCACACGGACGGGAGACAGGAGCCCCUCGCCAGCCGCACACACUGCGGUGAGCUGAGCCCCACGGCCACGCUGCCGUGCCGUCAUGGGAGGCGGCACUGCCGCCCUGCAUCGCGGAGAGGUCAUCGCCGCUCUCCAUCAUGGAGGGGCCCCUUCCCCCAGCUGGGCCCGCGGGGUCUCGGGGUUCCGCGCGGGGCUCUGUGCGAGGAGCCGCGAGCUGCGGCUGCCUAAGGGCAGCUGCGGUGUUCGCAGUGCCUGCGGCCGUCGAUCACGCGGCUCUUUACUGGAUCCGUCAUAGCGGGGCCGGAGCGCCCCGGACACAUCGCUCCGGGCGGGGCCGCCGCCAUGCUGCCCGCCGCCCCCGCUCCUCGCCCGCCCGCCAUCAUUUCGCCCCCGCGCUCUCCCUGCCCGCUUCAGGCUCUCCGCCUCCCGCUGCCUCUGCUCGCCGAAGGGGCCGUUCUCAGCCUCGCGCUGGAAUCGCCGCCAGCGAAUGUUUGCGCGCUGCCGGCGGUCCCCGGGGACGGGGCCUGGAGCGCGGCGCGGGCGGAGCGCUGCGGACGGGGGGCGCCAUUGUUUCUCAGCGCUCGCCCGCUGCGUGUCCUAAUGGGAAAAGUCCCCCGGAGCCGGGCUGGAGCCGCCGCCGAGGCCGCCCCCUCCCCCUCGCCCCAGAAUUUACCAUCCCCUGCGCCCGGGAGGAGCGGCUGCAGCUUUGCUGCGAAAGGCCGGGACGUGUUUUCAAUUUGCCUCCUGCUUAUCUCGGGUGUUUGGACAGAGAGGUUUAAAAAGCGGGAUUUUCUGUCCCCGCAGAGUAAACACGCAGAGCCCGGCAGCGCAAACUAUUUCUGGCUUAUCAGUGGAGGAAUGCAGCAGCUGAGGCCGAGCGCGAGUGGGCCGUCAGGAAGGCCCUGAAGGGGCCCCCUCCCCACUCCGCGCUAUUAGAAGUGUGAGAGCCCAGCAGGACUCAGAGGGGAGAGUUGGAGAAAAAGGCAGAAAAGGGAAAGAAAGAGGAAGAGAGAGAGUGAGAGAGGCUGAGCAGACCCCGAUGGCUACAGACGAAGUUACAGGAGGGGCUCGCAAAGCUACGAAAAGCAAACUUUUUGAGUUUCUGGUCCAUGGGGUGCGACCUGGGAUGCCAUCAGGAGCUCGAAUGCCCCAUCAGGGGGCUCCCAUGGGUCCCCCAGGCCCUCCAUAUGUUGGAAGCCCCUCGGUGAGACCUGGGAUGCCCCAGACUGUGAUGGAAACAACGAGAAAACGUACUGCACCACAGCAGGUCCAACAACAGCAGGUGCAGCAGCAAGUGCAGCAGCAGCAGCAAGCUACUCAGAACCGAACUAGGAGUGCCAAGAGGAGGAAGAUGGCUGACAAAAUUCUCCCUCAGAGGAUCCGAGAGCUAGUUCCUGAGUCCCAGGCCUACAUGGAUCUGUUGGCUUUUGAACGCAAACUAGACCAGACCAUUAUGCGGAAGCGCGUGGAUAUUCAGGAGGCACUGAAGAGGCCAAUGAAGCAAAAGCGGAAGCUGAGACUUUAUAUCUCCAACACAUUUAAUCCUGCGAAAUCUGACGCUGAUGAUUCCGACGGCAGCAUCGCAUCAUGGGAGCUUCGAGUGGAGGGGAAGCUCCUGGAUGAUCUCAGCAAACAGAAACGGAAGUUUUCAUCUUUUUUUAAGAGUUUAGUCAUUGAACUGGACAAAGAUCUUUAUGGACCUGACAACCAUCUUGUGGAGUGGCACAGAACUCCCACAACUCAGGAGACUGAUGGCUUCCAGGUGAAAAGACCAGGUGAUGUCAGUGUGCGGUGCACGUUACUCCUAAUGUUGGACUACCAGCCUCCACAGUUUAAACUAGACCCACGAUUAGCCCGUUUGCUGGGGAUACACACGCAGACCCGAUCAGCUAUCAUCCAGGCUCUCUGGCAGUACAUCAAAACAAAUAAGCUGCAAGAUUCCCAUGAUAAGGAAUACAUUAACUGUGACAAGUACUUCCAACAGAUUUUUGACUGUCCGCGGCUAAAGUUUUCUGAAAUCCCUCAGAGACUGACCAACUUGCUGCUGCCACCAGAUCCUAUUGUGAUAAACCAUAUCAUCAGUGUUGAUCCCAAUGAUCAGAAGAAGACGGCUUGUUAUGACAUAGAUGUAGAAGUUGAAGACCCAUUAAAGGGACAGAUGAGUAGUUUUCUUCUCUCAACAGCUAACCAACAGGAGAUUACAGCAUUGGACAACAAGAUUCACGAGACAAUCGAAUCCAUAAAUCAGCUAAAAAUACAACGUGAUUUCAUGCUGAGUUUCUCCAAAGAUCCCAAAGGAUACAUCCAAGACCUUCUCCGGUCCCAAAGUAGGGAUCUUAAGGUGAUGACUGAUGUAGUUGGAAAUCCAGAAGAAGAACGCAGAGCUGAAUUUUAUCAUGAGCCAUGGUCUCAAGAGGCUGUGAGCAGAUAUUUCUACUGCAAGAUUCAGCAGCGCCGACAGGAACUGGAACAGUCUCUGGGAGUGCGCAACACAUAAGUAUUGCUCAAAACAUCACAUUGGCAUCAUGACCACAGAACAAGUGGACUCCCCAGUGUUACUUAGCUCACUGUUACACAUGGACCUGCUUCCUGACUGGAUGGGAAUGUACCAUCAACAAACCAGUCAGAACACCAGCUUUAGAGUGACCCUUGAAAACACCACCCAUGGGAGGUGUCUCAAAUCAUUCCAGGCCAUAGAUAGCAGAAGAUUGCCAUGCUUUAUACAGGUGUCAGUGCUAAAGAAGAUUAAAGAUUAAUUCAUCAACUUGCAUCAUUGAGUUCUAGUGGAAAGUUGAGACACUACGCAGCAAAUCCUUAUGGGUUAUGCAUAGAAUCAUGGAUGGUAUUGAUGGGAGAAAUUGAGUUGAGUGUUAUAAAAGACUACAGUUUUAGAGAAAUAAAGGUAAUUUUCAUCUUGUGUUACCUAAGAGUCUCAAAUAGUAACUUCUCUGGAAUUAGACAAGUUAGUCCUGAUAGUUGUGGAAUGCUUUAUAUUCCUGAAUAGAACUUUCAUUACAGUGCAAGGAGCCAUCAUGCUAUGUAAAAUAAUAAACUAGGAGAGUUUUCAUUCCUGAAAUGAAAAGCUCCUUUGGAAGAAUAAAGUACAUUUAGGACAUCUAUUUUGCAAACUGUAACACGCUCUGUUUCCCCUGCCCGUGCAAUGAAAGGCAAACAGAUUUAUAUAUCACAUGAGUAUGAUCAAUGUGCUAUACUGAGAGGAAGACAUUUUUUUUCCAGAAUGAAAGCUUCUUAAGCAUUCUCAAGUAUCAGUGGGUUAGUAAAGCAGAAGUUGAAGCAAGAAAUAAGGCAAUCUGAGAAAAUGCAAAUAACUAAUGGUGCUUUGCUGAUACCUGCCUUGAACACAGCAGAUAUUAACAAUAAGCCUAUAGGCAAAAUAGGAGAUUGCUUAAACAUUUCUAUCUUUGUGUGCCACUGGAGAUCAAGACUGUAAAGAAGUUCUCUAAUUGUUAAGUUGGUUCAGAAUCCAAAAAACUUAACUUCAUAUAAUGUGGCAGUUUUCUCUUUACUUCACAGUCUUAACAGAAUCCCUGGGUUGGUCUUCUUCAGUCAUAGGUAAAUUGCCUUUUCCUAUGGAUCAUUCAGUUCCUCCAUUCACUCUUUUUGGUUACAUAGGAUGCUAUUGAAUUAUGAAGCACUAUCAGCCUUAGAUACCGCUUAGAAACCACCUUCUUUGCAAAUACAUGACAAAUUCAGACAGUGGGAAUUAUACCAUAUUGACUCGGAAACAGAGACAUCUUCAUUAAAUCCUUCCCCCGUCCUGCUUUUUGUAGUGCACAGAUUAGUUUGUCAUUAAUGAACCAACAUGAUUUCUUGUCCAAAAAGCAGCUGCCAAAGUAUAACUGGGUCCUGAUGAUGUAGCACUCAAUAUCCUCUUCUAGGCUGCUCCUCUUCGUCUCCUUUCUUUCACUUUCUUGGAAUGAAAGUUCACGUGUGAUAAGGAAUGGAGGCAGCUAUAGUAUGUAUAUACUAUUUUGCUACAGUAAAGUCCUCUUCUGCUGUCUUUGCCAAUUCUUUCAUAUUUGAAUGUAAAAGUUUCUUCUGUCCAGUCACAGAAGACACAAGUCUUCCCUCCCAGUCCUUUGUUGAAUACAUCUGCUUACAUGUUACCAGUGCCAUAGCUUUCACUCUGUCCAUUGUGAUCAGAGGUGUCUCAGAAAAUUCACGCUUGAUUGCAAUCAUUUGUUGGCAGUAACACUGUGUAAAAACAUUGGUGUGAGAAAAAGCACAGCUGUACCUCUUUGCCCAAGGCCUUUUCCUGGGAAUGGCUUGG